AUGGAAACUCCAGCGAGAAGGGAUUUUGGCGAUGCUCUGGAGAUCAAAGUGGCGCCUGGAAAUCAUGCCGUUCGUGUAGGGGCCCUUUUCUUGAGCCGUCGUGCCUUUGAAAAAGCUGUGCUUGACCGGAUAGUCGAGCCCAACCACGAAUUCAAGGUCGAGGACUUCGACAAUAUUUUGGUGUAUGUGCACUGUGCACAUAUCUUCAGACCCAUUCCUCUGCUCCGCCAUAUCUACUCACCGACGGAAGACUCUUGCAAAUGCCCUAAGCCUGGUUGCUGGUCUAAUCUUUUCUGGCCGGGUGAUGAAGAGGGCCCAUACACCAAGAGCGCUCUCAUAAAGACUGCUAGUUAUCACGUCAACGAAAAAGCACUGAAGGCCGCUCUAUUAAAGUGUGGUGACAUUGAAGAUUUUGACUUUGAUCGACAAAAGCGUUCUAUCUUCGUCGAAUUC